GAGAGGCAGUGCCGGGGAGCCUGGCUGGAACAAAGGAUGGGGGUGCCACUUCUUUCCAGCCCCUGCUGCGGAGGGGCGCUGGGAGGGGGGCAAACGCUGGCGUGUCCCCGAGCUGAGGCAGGGGUGGCAUUGCCGUCGAUAUCCGCAGUGCAGCCGCUGCUCGCCCCAGCCCGGAGCCGGGCGGGUAACGCUCGCCCGCGGCUAGCGGGAGGGCUCCGGCACAGGGGAGCACAGAGAAAAGCCGGUAAACUUCUGCCCUUCGGGGACAGGGAUCCCCAAAGAUUUUGGAAGAGGGCAGAGCAAAAAAUGGUUCUGGAUGUAAGAAAUAUGAAUGACUGGCAGAGGAAAAGCCCUCUAGACUGGGAAACUUACGUGAACAAAAUGGUGAAAGUUGCUGCAAUCGAGAAACAUGAAUACGAAGGAUGGGUCUUAACGGUUGAUCCAGUUUCUGCCAGUAUUGUCCUUGCAACAUUCCUGGAGAAUGAAAAAGUGUCCAUAUCAGUUGUCUUGGGCCAUGCCAUCCAGGAGGUUGAAAUACUGAAAGAAGGAGACGAUGAAAUGAAGCAACGGCUUUCUUGCAUAUUUGCACCUGAAGAAAGCAAAGCCUACAGCCCGGAGGAAGAGGAAAAGAGGAAGAACGCCUUGAAGACUUGGCUAGAAACAAACCAUAUCCCCGUAACAGAGCAAGGGGAAUCGGGAAGAACACUGUGUGUGGCGGGGGUAUUAACUAUUGACCCGCCAUAUGGCCCGGAGGAGUGCAGCAGCUCCAAUGAGAUUAUUCUCUCUCGGGUUCAAGGCUUGAUACAGGGCUACCUGGAAAAACAACAGUGAUGUCUGCUGUUUAAAGCAGUUGUCUUCAGGAACGGGUCUACCCAGCCCAUUUUAGGAACUGUCCUGGGUAUCAAUAUUCACUAUUUGCGAAAAUGCCAGGGUUAGGUACUUUUGUCUGAUUUUUGUAUGUUAAGAAAGGGAUAAAACAAGCAGCAUAAACUAAAAGCACAAAGCAUUUUUCCAUGCACUUUUUUUUUUUUUAUUAAAAGCAAGCCAUUGGAUAAUGAUGAUGUAUUAAACUGAUAAUCAGUUUACUAUAUCAGUAUUAAGUUGAUAUAACAGUUUAAUAAGUAUUUUUGUAACAGUUUUGUGAAAGAUGAUAUAUGAUAAAUUUAAACUCUCCCUUUUCCUCUGCUUUUAAAAUUAAUUUAAUUAAUUAUCUAGUGGUGUAGGCAUGUUGAUUUGAACUGCUUACCAGAUUUAUGUUUUUUUCCGAAAGGGAAUUGUGACACUUGAAAUUCCCAAACCAGAUGAGAAAACUGUUCAGAAAGCUUUUUCAGAAAAAGAAAGCUUGUUCAGAAAGAAUCAUUGUGUGAUUAUUCCUGAGAUUAUUAAUCUAGUCAGGAGUCUUAGAGCCUUCAUUUUUCUCUUUGUGUAUUGAUCUGUUCUGUCUGAUUGUGAGAGAGCACCAAAUAACCUGUUAGUGUGCUCAAAUGCAUUUGAAAAGUCUGUCUAACCCUUGUUAAUAAAAGGCCCUCCUCAUUCCUGCUGUAGUUAAUUUAAAAUUACUUUGGAUUGGUGAGGUUCAUGCUGACUUCUCUUAAAAAUCCUUCACUCUACUUACGCUCCUGUUGAGAGGUAUUAGUUGUUUAACUUAAAUAGGUUUUAAUUAAA